UCUUAUAAGGACACGGGUUUUAUGGGACCAGGGCCCAUUCCUAAUGACCUCAUUUUGACUUAAUUACCUCUUUAAGAGCCCUAUCUUGAAAUACAGUCACCUUCUGAGGUCCUGUGGUUGGGACUUGAAGGUAUGAAUUUGGAGGGGACACCGUUUAGCCCGUAACAAAAGUUACAUGUACACAGACUUACAUUGGAGAUACUGCAGGUUCGGUUCCAGAUCACCGACAGUAAAGCGAGUUGUGUGCAUUUCGGGUUUCCCAGGGUUCAUAAAAGUUAUGUUUACACCGUCCUGGAGUCCAUUAGGUGUGCGGUAGCGUGAUGUCUAAAAAUAUCAUGUACGUGCCUUAAUUUAAAAAUACCUUCUUGCUAAUAAAUGCAAACCGUCAUCUGAGCUUUCUGCAAGGCAUCAUCACUGACCACUGAUCUCCAUAACAACCACAGUAAUAAGCUCGUGAGAUUUGCUGUGGCACAGAAACACGAAGUGAGCAAACGCCGUGGGAGGAAUGGCCCCGCAGACUUGCUGGAUGCGGCAUUGUCACAGAUCUUCGAUACCAAACAGUGCAUUAUGUAUAGGUGUGCGUGUAUCCACCUUUGUACUGAACACGCAUCUGUGCCUUAUACAUAAAAAGAGCACUUCUUCUGACCUCCCCUCCCCACCCCAAGAACCGAUUUGCAGUACCCCAGGGUUAACACCGCCUUACCCCUUACUGGGAAUGCUUCUCCUCAUGUCAUCGACACCUACUGUGGGGCGUUGAUCGCAACGAAGAUGCGACCCGGAGCAUGGACGGGAGGGGGUGGGCGGUAUCAGGUCUCGGUUCAGCAGGAUGAGUCAGCGAUAGGGCAUCAUGCACCUAAAAUGGGUCAUGAGGAUAAAUCUCAUGUUGGGUGUUCUUACCACACACUAAAAAAGAAAAAAAAAAAAGCAUCAACCAACCAAGAGAUUAACGCUGGUUCUGUUCUAUUAAACUACAUGGCAGGCUUUUUCAGAUUUCCCCAGAUUUCCCACUCCAUCUCCCUUCUGGCCCAGGAAACCCAUCCAGGGUCCUGCGGGACAUUUUGUCACCUUGCCUUUCUUCUUGGGCCCCUCCAGUCUGUGACUGUUUCUCACACUUUCCUUGUCUUUCAUGACCUUGGUGCUUUUGAAGAGCACUGGCCAGGUGUUUGUAGAAGGUCCCAUGGGUUGAGUUUGUCUGAUGUUUCCUCACGAUUACACUGGGGUUAUGGUUUUGGGGGAGGGUACCCCAGUGGUGUCAUGUCACAUCAGGGGAUAUCUGCCGUCCAGUCCUCGGCGCCGGUGACUCCAGCCUUGAUCACCUGGCUCGGGUGGGGUCUGACAGGUUUCUCCGGGAAUAAGGUUGCCGUGUCUCCCUUGAUCUGCUGUGUUUAUUGGAAGCAAGUCACUGAGUCAACCCACAUGGAAAGCAGGGGUCUGGGGAGGCGAAGCUCCACCUCCUGGAGGAGAAACAUGGAAGGGUUUACAGAUGUGUUAAAACCAGGGUGCUAAUUAGCAUAUUUUGGAGGCAUGACCAAUGUCCCGCCUCUCCUUGGAGUCUCCCCAGUAACGAAUUGUGUGCAUCGGUGGGUCUUGUCUGCAAGUAUGAUUACUGGGGUGUUCCUGUGGUGAUUUUCUGUUAAUGUGGGGGGGGGCAGUGAUUUUUUUGAAGUUUUCAUCCAGGAAUCCAGAUCAAGCCCAUCACAAGUGUCCAUUCAUUCCUCGUGAGUCUGCGUGAGAGUUUAGAGUUUACACAUGGAUGACAGCACCCAGAGUGGGCAGGUCACUCACCUGUGGUGAGUGGGGACAGAGUGGGGACUGCUUCAGGGUGCCGUCACUGAGGGCCAGAGCCAGAUACUCGUUAGCGUGCCACAGUAGCCCUGUGGCAGUGGGGAGAGACCUCCCAGUGGACCGGGGCUCCAUCCCUGAUGCAGCGUGGACAAGCCGGGGUAUGUGGCAAUGGAGCAGGAGGGGGUCAGUGGACGGGCACUUGCCAAGAGGGCACAUCAGGGGGACUCUGGCUAAACAGAGCUGAUGGGGCUGCUGCUGCAGGCAGGCUGGGUGAUCCCCACGCCACCUGGCCGGGGGAUGGGGGGACCGGCCAGCUCUCUGGGGGAUCAGACACAGGGCAGGGGCUCUUGCUAAAACUGGGUAAUGCAGAACUAAACUCAGAAGCUCAGAGGUCAAGGCCUGGCUGAAAGGAGGGUUCAGAGUGGCCCAACUAAAGUUGGGUCAGGGAAUGAGUCCAGGAAGCCAGCUGGGCUGUGGGAAGGCAGACAUGAAUCUGAGACAUGCCCAGGGUGGGGACGCCUGUGGGCUCUGAACUGAGCCUUCCAGAGUUUGAGCCUGGGUGGUCCCACUAGGUUGAAUGGUGUUCCCCACAAAAUUCAUGUCCACCCGGAACCUUAGAAUGUGAGCUUAUUUGGAAAUAGGAUCUUUGCAGAUGGUGUUAGUGAAGGCGAGGUCAUAUUGGAGUAGGCGGGCCUAAUCCAAUGACUUGGUGUCCUCAUAAGAAGAGAGACACAGAUUCGGGAGACAGCCAUGUGACCAUGGAGGCAGAGACUGGAGGGACGUGGCCACGCGCCCAGGGCCAGCUGGAGUGCCCAGAACCUGGAAGAGGCAGGAAGGACCCUCUUCUGAAGCCGCUGGAGGGGGGUGCGGACCUGAGACCUUGAUCUGACUUGUGGCCUCCAGAAUGUGAGAGACUCUGCCUGCCUUGGAAACUGCUCCCAAGAGAAGAGAAUGGCUGCUGGCUACCUGCCCCCAUGGCCCCAGGAGUUAGUGACCUUGGAGGAUGUGGCCGUGGACUUCUCCCGGGAGGAGUGGGCGAUGCUGGAUUCUGCGCAGAGGAGGCUCUACAGAGAGGUGAUGCUGGACACCUGCGCAAACCUGGCCGCCCUGGGAGCCUUGAAGAACCAAAGUUCUGAUACAGGCAUUGACGAUGGCACACUUUCCCCAACACAAGCCUCUCCGGCCACCAGUCCUUCCCCAUGGGCGGGGUGUCCACUCUUUUUACCAGUGGUGCCUUCCCACUUGGAGCCAGGAGAAGCCAUGUGGAUGGGGCCACAAGGAACUCCCCAAACCUCCUGUUCAGAUUUGGAGACUAGUCUGAAAAGCCAAGAGUCAAUUUAUAAGAAGGUGGUUUUGGAGGAAGAACCAGCCAGUGGUAUGAAUAUCAUAAAGCUCCCCAGAGAACACUGGGCAUGUGGUCAGCUGGAGGAGAACCAUGAAGACUCCCACAGGCUUUUGAGGCAAAUGGCAUAUACCCAAGCAGAGGCAUUUGCUCCAAAGGAGACCACUGCCUGGCGUGAGUUUGGGGAAACCUGUAGUAUGAACUUAGACCUUGCUUUAUCACAAGGAGGUUUUGUAGGAAAACAUUUCCAUGACUGUGAUCUUGAUAUUGAGAGUUUGGUAGCUGAUCUGUUCUUAAAACAUCAUCAGAUGGGAUACUCAGACCAGAGGCCCUGUGAAGGGAAUGAAGGUGGAAAAGACAUCAGCCCAAACAGUCCCCUUGUUCAACACAAAAGAACUGGAAUCUGUAUGUAUGCAGAAAGUGGGGAGUCAUGUAGUCAUGGUACGGCUCUUACAACACACACCACGAUUAAUACGGUGGGGAAACCCUAUGAAUGUUACCACUGCGGGAAAAUGUUUAAUCGGAGGCAUUCCCUGAGUGAACAUCAGAGAAUACAUACAGGAGAGAGACCAUAUGAAUGUCAGGAAUGUGGGAGAGCCUUUACGCACAGCUCAACCCUCACACGACACUUGAGAACUCAUACUGGAGAGAAGCCCUACACGUGCAGUGACUGUGGGAAAGCCUUCAACAGGAUUUCAUCUCUUACCCAGCACCGGAGGAUUCACACAGGGGAAAAGCCCUAUAAAUGCAAAGACUGUGGAAAAUCCUUCUGCCAGAGUUCUUACCUGAUCUUGCACAGGAGAACACAUACUGGUGAGAAGCCCUACGAAUGUAAUGAAUGUGGAAAGGCCUUCAGUGAUCGCUCCUCACUUAACCAACACGAGCGAACUCACACUGGUGAGAACCCCUAUGAAUGUAAUCAGUGUGGAAGAGCCUUCAGCCAGAGGUCUUCCCUCGUUAGGCAUGAGAGAACUCACACUGGAGAGAAACCGUAUAGCUGUAAUGAAUGUGGGAAAGCAUUCAGCCAGAGCUCAUCCCUCAUCACCCAUCAGAAAACUCACACUAGUCAGAAAACCUAUAAAAUAAUUGAUUGUGGGAAAGCUUUCUAUCAGAGCAGCUACCUUAUUGGAUUUUAGAUAUUAUUGCUGCUCUGCAAAGUGACUUUUAGCACUCUACUACUUAAGUGUGGAUAGGUUUUGCCCUUCUGAUGUACUAUUUGAAAAGAAGUAGGUGUAUGCCACAUUCUUGAAGAAAAACACUGAGGUCCAGAUCUGAGAAGGGACCUUUUUAAUGGGGAGAAUUGCCAUUGAGCUAUGCCCAAUGCCUGUCCUUUUGGAAGAGAUUAAUAAAUGUGAACACUAACAUGCAGUGGGAUUUUGCUAAGAAUUGUCACAUUAAUUUAGUUGUUGAAACAAAAGGUAUUCUGUUUCAACCUUUUGUUUGAAAAUUCAGUAUUAUUGUUUCAAUAAUCGGUUUCAAUAUUUUACAUAGUCAUUCUGCCCCUGUUGGUCACUUAGCUAGGUCCUAACUUGUUUCUUGCCCUGCUAUGGCAAUGCAGAAUGUAUGCUAACACAGAAGGAGCUUUGGAUGCAAAGUGGAAAAUAAAGAGUGCAAAAUAGUA